GACGCGGCCCGCUUGGCUGGGUCUCCUUGCCGCGGGUACGAGGGACAGGCACUCUGUGCCUGUGCCGCAUCCUCUGUGAUUCGGAGCAACUCUCUUGGUUAUUCCCUUCCCAGUGGCCCCAUCUCGGAUCUCCCGCGCCGGGGCAGGGCCAGGGAGCCGUGCCCGCAGAUAUUACCAAGGCUUUAUGAAUGGGAUGAGCAUACUGCUGUUGACUGCUUACUGACAGUAACCAGCUGGAUACUUCAAGAAUCAUGUUUUCCUUCUCAGAUUUUCCAAUUGGAGCUUGAUUAUACUGAUUUUUAAAAAGAAGACAAAAUCAAUGCUGAGUACUGUAAACUUGACAUGGAUAAUAAAAAGAAAGACAAGGACAAACCAGAUGAAAGAAUGACACGGCCUAGUGGGAAGUCAGGCCAUAAUCCAUGUGGAACUGACUCUUCAAGUUCUGGAGUGUUAAUGGUUGGCCCUAACUUCAGAGUUGGCAAAAAGAUUGGAUGUGGGAACUUUGGAGAACUACGAUUAGGAAAAAAUUUAUACACAAAUGAAUAUGUGGCAAUUAAACUGGAGCCAAUGAAGUCGAGAGCACCACAGCUACAUUUGGAAUACAGAUUCUACAAGCAGCUAGGAUCUGGAGAUGGAAUACCUCAGGUUUACUAUUUUGGCCCAUGUGGCAAAUAUAAUGCUAUGGUGCUAGAACUACUUGGACCUAGUUUGGAAGAUUUAUUUGACUUGUGUGGUAGGACAUUUUCUCUUAAAACCGUUCUUAUGAUAGCCAUACAGUUGAUUUCUCGUAUGGAAUAUGUCCAUUCAAAGAACUUGAUCUAUAGAGAUGUAAAACCUGAGAACUUCUUAAUAGGACGACCUGGAAACACAACCCAGCAAAUUAUUCAUAUUAUAGAUUUUGGUUUAGCAAAGGAGUAUAUAGAUCCAGAAACAAAGAAGCAUAUACAGUAUCGAGAACAUAAGAGCCUUACAGGAACAGCUAGAUACAUGAGUAUAAAUACACAUUUAGGAAAAGAGCAAAGUAGAAGAGAUGAUCUGGAAGCUUUAGGUCAUAUGUUUAUGUAUUUUCUCAGAGGAAGCCUUCCAUGGCAAGGUUUAAAGGCUGAUACAUUAAAAGAACGUUACCAGAAGAUUGGAGACACAAAACGGGCAACACCUAUAGACUUAUUGUGUGAAAACUUCCCAGAGGAAAUGGCUACAUAUCUACGUUAUGUAAGAAGGCUAGAUUUUUUUGAAAAACCAGACUAUGACUACUUAAGAAAGCUCUUCACAGACUUACUUGAUCGGAAAGGCUGUAUGUUUGACUAUGAAUAUGACUGGAUUGGCAAACAGUUGCCUACUCCAGUGGGUUCGAUACGUUCAGAUCCUGCACUGUCUUCAAACAGAGAAGCGUAUCAGCACAGAGAUAAAAUACAGCAAUCCAAAAAUCAGUCAACAAGCCACAGGGCAGCUUGGGAGUCACAGCAAGCCAAUCCAUAUCAUUUGAGGGCUCACCUAGCAGCUGACAGACAUGGUGGCUCAGUACAGACUAAACAGCCCCAGUUCCUGCAGCCUCUGCUCAUAUGAAAGAUGUUCCAGUCCCCUGAUCAUCUUGGUGGCCUUGUGCUGGACUCUCUCCAGAAGUUCUCUGUCGCUCUUGAGCUGAGGAGCCCAGAACUGGACAUAGGACUCCAGAUGAAGCCUCACCAGGGCAGAGUAGAGGGGAAGAAGAACCUCCCUUGACCUACUGACCACAUUCUUCUUGAUAUAUCCCAGGAUGCCAUUGGCCUUCUUGGCCACGAGGGCACAUUGCUGACUCAUGGUUAGUUUAUUAUCGAUCAGGACUCCCAGGUCUCUCUCUGCAGAGCUGCUUUUCAGCAGUUCAACCCCCAGCCUUUACUGGUGCGUGGGAUUAUUCUUUCCCAGAUGCAGGACUCUGCACUUGAGGUUCCUCUCUGCCCAACUCUCAAGCCAGUCAAGAUCCUGCUGAAUGGCAGCACAGC